GCGCUUCCCUUGAGGUGCGAGCUCGCCGGGACGACUCCAUGUUGAUGGUGAGGCAAGAGGCUAGCCAUGCACUGGGCGUUACGGCUUGGCAGCUGAGGCUUCUUCAGCUGAAUGGAGAGCUGGCUAAUAGCGGAGUUCUUGGCGACCUGCUGCCCUCUGAGGAGGAUACCUUGGAUCUCACGGCUGUCACCAUGCGCCACCGCCCCGAUGUGAUGCAGAACAGCGAAGAUCUGGCCAUGGCUUUGGGCUCCAGGCAGCCGCCAAAGAGAUGGACGAAUGGCUUCUAUCGACUGAACCGCCACAUAUUCUGGCGCCACCAGGCUGUCUUCGCCCAAGAAGAGGCCUUGAGCAAGCACCGGGAGAAUAUCCUGCAGGGUGACAUCGACUUCAACUACAAGGGCAACAACCUGCUUGAGCGGGCGGUGACGAACCUGCCACCUGGAGAUGUGGAAGAUUUCGCGUCUGUGCUCAUGAAUGGAGGUGCCGAUGUCAACCGUUCGUCAAGAGAUGGCUACACUCCACUCCUCUCCGCUUGCAGCCGUGGUCUGGCUAAGGUUGCCCAGGUCCUCCUGCAGCGCGGCGCUCGCAGGCACGAAACUGGUCCGAGAGGCGGCACGGCUUUGGAUGAAGCCUUAGCUUUCUUCAAAGCCUGCGUGGAGUGCCGGGCAUACGAGCGUGAGGAGGACCUGGACCUAGGCCGUCUUUGCUGUGGCCUCAGAAGCGACAGCAUCGAGAUGGCGAGACGCCAAGGGCUUCCAGAGCUCGCCUUAGCGCGGCUCCGUCUUUCCGAAGCAGCGACGGAAAAGGCUCUGCUCGGGAACGCAGGUGUCACACUCACGCAGGAGGAGAUCUUAGCCAAAAGUGGCUUGGACAAGAGCUUUGCCGAGGGCUUCGGCCCCGAGCUCUGGGCCGGUUGGCCCUACGCUUUUCUGACUUUCGGCCUCGACGUCCCAAAGGGCGCGAAGACUGCGAGCCAGGAUUUCACGAAUGCCCGGUCUCGUAUUCUGUCCUUCAAGCUUGGCCAGGAGAAGAAGCAGAAGCCCGAGCCCGGCUUUGACUGUGACAUCGAGAGUUACAUGGGGAGUCAGGAUUGCUACAUUUGCGAAUGCUCAAUCUGCUGUCCUGGGCUCUACAUCGGUUUCGGGGAGUGGGCCGAGGAGGUCAAGACCCGGAAUCGCAAGUGGGAGAAGACUCGCGACGGCCGGACGCGCCGGCGCGUCCCGGUGGCCAACGGCGUCCGUGGGCACUCGUACUCGGCAAGGAUGGCGCGCCGGAUGCCCUCAGCUUACAGGGGGUACCAUGUGGCGGAGACACUCCGGGGAGGACACAAAAAACUCCGGAAGUUUGAGCUUGUUCAGGAGCAGCUUCGGAUGGACACAUGCCCGCUGUGA